AUGCGCCUCCUUCUUUGGAAGGGGGUGCUAGUGAAGAAACGACAAAAGUUUUGGUUGGCUGUCGAACUGCUCGUUCCAUUGAUCCUCUUUGCCAUUUUGGCACUCGUACGAACGAGGGACUUCACCGAUUACCAGACGCAAUGUCAUUAUGACUCCAAAGGAUUCCCUUCGGCUGGUUUACUACCUUUUCUACACUCGUUUUUUUGUUCAUUUUCUAAUACUUGUCAUUUGUCGCCGACAACCGGAGACGAAAAACAAUUUAUUCAUAAUGGAACUGGGAAAAAUGAAUCUUCAUUAGUUGAUUUGCUUUACUACUCGUCGUUAGAACUGGGAUGGAUUGGUGAAAAUCCAGAAAAAUUUAAGCAAUUUCUGAAUGGACUCACAGAAUUAAUUAAAAUAGUGGCACAUAUGAAUACAUCUCAGGUGGAGGUUCCGCAAUUGCGAGAUUAUUUUGAUCCUUCAUUCAAUUUGACUGGAACCCUGAAAAAGUUGGGGAUCUCAAAUAAUGUUGCAACAAUUCUUAGCGAAGCAAGACCUACUUCAAAAUUCUUUGUCAAUGUCUACUCUUACGCGCAAGAACUCAAAUCAAAGUCUGCUUGGGAGCUUGCCUUGGAAGCUUUCAGUUCUGUGCCCAUACUAUGCAACGAAACCAUCUUCAAUGAAAGCUUCGUACUUCCGCCAAAUGCGGAGCUGUCUGCUAGCGACUUCAAGUCUUUGUGCGGUGUUACACCUUUGGAUCUGCUGAAUCUCAAUCGGACAGAGCUAAUGCAAAAUUUGAGAUUACCAUUUCUUACAACAGCAGAUGGAUUAGCUAGCAAUUCGACUUCUGAAACUGCUGCAGAUUUACUGGAGCUGUUGAAAGAUUUUGCUAGACUUCUGGCCGAGCAGCCCCUCUAUCAAGGUUUUUGGAAGUGGAGUGAAAAACUUACAGCGGCUAAUUUGACAUCGUCAAUUUUUUGUGGCCAUAAUCCGUUUGAUGAUACAUCAGCUGAUGGAUUGGGACCAUUACAACCUCGUGUCAAGACACCAUUUGAUGAGUUGAGGGGUCAGCUAAUAGAAUUCAUCGAAAAAAUCGUACCCGGCAGACAGGAACACGACAAGCAAUUCUGUCAUGGUGUUUGGGUGCAUGAUGAUAUGAACUGCUCAUCGCUAGAAUCACCACUAAUGCAAAGAUUACGUCCACUUUUAACUGGUUAUAUCUUGGUCACCCCACCGUCUCCUGCGGUUGAGGAGAUGGUAGACAUUCUCAACAAUCCCUUACGACUUGCGGAUUUCAUACGAAAAAAGUUCUACGAAUAUCCGGAUGUCGCGGACAAUCUCCAGACUGCUUUUUACGAAAGUGAUCUACGGGCUGCUGCUCUGAAUCUCCUGGCACUCAUCAAAGCCUUUACCGAACACGAAGAGGUUCCAAAAUUUGUGAAAACUAUGGAAUUCGUUCUUGAGCAUAUUUUUGGCCCUCCUACGGAUCCAUACUCGUUUGGUGCUGUUACAAAGAAUGUUACAGAGAUGGUCAACAAGUACUCGUCGUGUUUUCUACUGGAUCGUUUUGUAAUUAUGGCGAAUGAGUCUGUGAUGGAAGAUGCAGCCGUGUGCUUGACAGACUAUCAGCAGUAUUUCACCGGCAUUGUCAUUGUCAAUAUGACUGACAAUGCAACUGAGUUCGAGCCGCUGACAACAUACAAAAUUCGUCAUUUAUUUAGUCUUGUUGAUGGCACGUAUUCUUACAUAGACAGUCCACGUCGGGUGUUUGAUCGAAAUACGCCUUUUAAUGAUCUCAAAUACCUCACCUAUGGGUUCUCCUUUCUGCAAGAAGCCAUCGAACGAGCCAUCAUCUUUCUUCGCUCAAACUCGUCCGUCUCGCUAGGAAUGUACUCUCAACAAGAGCCUUUCCCUUGUGUUUCUUUCGAUACCUUCAACAUCACCUACUUCCUCGCACUGUUCGUCAUUUUGUCUUUCAUCAUACCGGCUGCCUUAUUGGUGAAAAAUAUCGUACAUGAGAAAGAGCUUAGGCUAAAGGAGCAAAUGAGAAUCAUGGGUUUGGGUGACAUGGUACAUCUAUGGUCAUGGGCAUUCAUUUCGGUGGUCCUUAACAUCACGAGCACCUUUGCUAUAACGCUGAUCAUAAAGUUUGGGAAUCUCCUCAAUGCUGACUUCUGGCUGGUUUUCGUUUUUCUUUCUCUAUUCGCCAUAUCAUCUAUCGCACUUUGUCUCCUUCUGUCGACAUUCUUCUCCAAUGCCAACAUAUCAACAGCUGCUACCUGUCUCAUCUACUUCCUCUUCUUCUUUCCAUAUCAGCUCAGCGUUCGAGCCAGAAGCAAGAAUUUUACUAGAUUUACGCUGAUUUUUCCUCAAACAACUCUUGGGUAUGGAGUGGCCAUGCUAGCUCUGUUCUCUCAAGUGGGUCAAGCUAAUUGGUCUGAUUUGCGCCAGAUUUACCUGGAUGCUUAUGGCGUCGGGCUAGUUGAAUGUAUGGUGGCAUUUGCACUACAGACUGUAGCUUUUAUAAUAUUGGCAUGGUACAAAAGUGCUGUUUCACCUGGCAUCUAUGGCGUCUCCUUGCCUUGGUACUUCUUCCUAACCAAAAAUUAUUGGCUUCCACACUCUGGCAGUAUAGCUGACUUCGCCGACACCAUGGAUUCACAACCAGCAAACGAAGCUUUCGAAGUCGAACCGGACUAUUUGAAUAUGACCGUACACAUCAGUGGCAUGGGCAAGGAGUACGGUAACGGGACGAAAGCGCUCGAUCAACUCAAUUUACGGCUCUAUGAAGAUCAGAUCACAGCACUUCUUGGUCAUAAUGGAGCAGGAAAAACCACUACCAUGUCGAUACUCUGUGGCUUGUAUUCACCAACCUCAGGAACAGCUACUGUCUAUGGCUGGGAUAUUCGAAAGGAAAUCCAACGAGUUCGUGAUUUACUGGGAGUUUGUCCACAGUAUAAUGUGCUGUUUUCACAUCUGACCGUAGCAGAGCAACUGAGGCUCUUUGCCGCUUUGAAAGGAACUCCAGAUUCACAGCUUGAUCGAGAAGUCGAAGAGAUCCUGACUUCUGUGUCGCUUAGUGACAAGGCUGAUGCGCUCGCCAGUACACUUUCAGGCGGAAUGAAGCGAAGGCUCAGCAUUGGCAUCGCUUUGGUUGGAGGAUCUCGAUUUGUGAUUUUGGAUGAACCAACAGCAGGGGUUGAUGUGAACAGUAGAAAGGAGAUUUGGACAUUAUUGCAGAAUAACAAGAAAGGUCGCACAAUACUCCUCUCAACUCACCAUAUGGAUGAAGCUGACAUUCUUUCCGAUAGAAUAGCCAUUCUUUCUGAAGGUCGCCUCAUCUCACUUGGGAGCUCGAUAUUUCUGAAGAACAAAUUUGGAGAGGCCUUUCAAGUCUUUGCUUGCAAAAAAGAACGCUCUAUGGACUAUACUCCAAUCGUCACACAAAUCACAACCGAAGCAAUGAUUCCAAUCCGGCUGACCGAUCAAACUGAGGAAGAAUUAGUUUUCUCAGUCCCAAUAACUACGGAUUCCUAUAAAUUGGAGAAGUUCUUCGCAUUUUUCGAUUCUAAGAAGGAGUCAUACCGUCUUGGAGAAUAUGGAAUAUCAGCUCCGACUUUGCAAGAGAUCUUCGUUCGACUUAGCCCACAAAGAGAAUAUAUUGUGCCAAAAAGGAAAGCUGGAAUUCUUGGAAAACUGAAACGAACUUUCCAAGGCGCUCAGGUGGAAACUGAUCAACAGCAGCUAGUGAACAAUCACGCUGCUAUCUAUGGAGCUGCUGAUGCCGGUGGUAGCAGGGAAAUUGCGCCAAUCGCCUAUGAAGAGGAACUCAUACCUUCUUCUGUAACGGGAUGGAAGCUUUCGAGAAGUCACGCGAAAGCUGUUUUUAGAGCUAGAUGUCAGUAUACUAUUCGGAGCAAGAAGCACAUCCUGUUCGAGGUAAUCCUGCCUAUCUGCCUCCUCUUUCUUUGCGAACUCUAUGCAAAGAUACAAUUCUCCAACACUCUGCCUGCUACUGUGACUUCUCAGCCCCAGCUGCCAUUGAUAGCUGAAAUGUAUGGAAAUGGAUCUCGCAGCUAUCUCAGUCUAUGGGAUCGUGAUCCAUCAUCGUUGUCCUAUCAGAUAGUGAAAUCGUUCGAGGAGCCACCAGAUAUGGGAGCACGAUGCGUGAAAAAUGCGCCUGCAUUUGAGCGUGAGCCUGUUAGUGGUUGUGAAUCGAACGCAACAAGCGGAACUUUCGACUUCUACGCAAACGAAACGGAAGUACCAUACAAUGAAGAUCUGAACUGCGAAUGUUUGAGUCACAUGUGGAACUGCACCGCUGAAGACUACCCACUGGACGCAAUUCCGUUAAUGACCUUGAACACAACUAUGCAAGUGUGGGAUUUGUCGUAUCGUAACAUCUCUCAGAUGAGGCUGACCACUCGAUGGACCACGAACGAUAGUAACAUUGCUCCAAUACUAGGCGGCUUUUCCCUUGGUCACACCAGUCUUCGUGCUCGGACUCCCACCCAAGUUCAAGCAGAGAUCCGAGGCUGGGACGUUCUUCUUACGGGGCUGAAUGAAUCCGCGGUUGCCCUCAACAUCAGCAUAUCCCGGCCAGAAACACCAGAGAUAUAUGAUCCGUUCUUGAAAAACAUGACCAUGAGUGAUUUUAUCACGGCAGUGCUAGGAUCCAUGGAAACUCAGCAUAAUGUCAAGGCAUGGUUCAACAAUAAACUCUACACAUCAUUACCGAUCUUCACGAGCUACCUAAGCAAUGCUUUGUUGAGAAUCGAAUCGAAAGAUACAGAUCCAACCGAGCUAGGCAUCAUUGCAGUCAAUCAUCCGAUGAAUCAAACAGUAAAGAGUAGCUUCGACUCAGAGGGAAACAAGAAGUUGAUUGUCUUUCGAAUUGUGCUGAUCGUUCUGGUUUUAUGCGUCAUACCAGCUGGUUUCACCGUAUUUUUGGUAGAAGAUCGAGUCUGUGAUGCGUAUCAUCUUCAGCUUGUUAGCGGUUUAUCAAGAACAACCUAUUGGAUGACUGGCUACGCAUUUGACAUGGCAAUCUUCACAGCUUCCGUGGUCGUCAUUCUUUUGAUCUACAUCAUCUUUGGGGUCAAAGAUUUUGCCUACAGCUUUGAAGCUCUGGCAUCGUUCUUUCUGGUCUUUCUUCUCUAUGGGUUAUGCUCCGUUCUCUGGGCUUACGUCCUGCAGCGUCGCUUUGAAGUACCAGCGCUUUCUUUUGUGUUGAUCUCAAUAGGUACAUUUUUCGUAGGUAUUGUAGCAUCGCUUACGGUUAUGGUAAUCGAGCAGCUCAUGCAAAAGGAUCCAACGUUAAUAACACCGCACACGGUUUGCUCCCUAGUUUUUCUCAUCAUUCCGCAAUACAAUCUGGGAAUGGCCAUAUUCCGAGGAAGUUUCGUAUUCCAGCUUGUUCAGUUGGGAGAAAAUUACCUUAAAGAACUUCACCGACCCGACCUCAUACAUUCCCUUCCCAUUCCUUCACUUCUGCAGUGGAAUCUCAUGGGAAAAUACUGCCUCUGUCUUUUCAUUCACAUCAUCGUAGCUGCUCUCAUACUUUUUAUUCUGGAGAAGGAACCAUUUGGAUUUCUCAGAGCUUUCGAAAAACUCGCUACGCAACGGCUUUUGAGCUCAAGUAAAGGUGUUUCGGAUGAAGAUGUUUUGGCUGAGAAGAGGAGAGUGGAUGAGUUGGAGGAAUCUGCGGACAGCCCCUUGAUUGUGAAAGAUCUGGCCAAGACCUACACAAGGCAGAGUUUAGCGGUGCAAAAUGUGUCAUUUGCCGUAGACCGAGGUGAAUGCUUUGGCCUCUUAGGGCUAAAUGGCGCUGGAAAAACUACGACAUUCUCCAUGUUGACGCAGAAAAUACGUCCAGGAAGCGGUACGGUGCACAUACAUGGUCGAAGCAUGGUAGUAGGCGACCGCUCCUCUUUCAAACAAGUUGGUUACUGCCCUCAGUUCGAUGCCCUGAACAUGAAGCUGACUACAAACGAGAAUAUGGAGCUGUUCGCUAGAAUACGUGGAAUCCCCGAAUCUCACAUCAAGCCGCUCAUUUCUAAGCUUCUGAUGUCACUACAUCUGAGUCCGUAUGCGUCGACGGUGACGUCGGCUCUCUCUGGUGGAAAUAGGAGAAAACUGUCAGUAGCUAUAGCGCUGAUCAGUCAUCCAUCACUUGUCUUGCUGGAUGAACCAUCUGCUGGAAUGGAUCCAGGUUCGCAGCAAUUCUUAUGGAGAGUAAUCGAUCACUUGAGGAAAUCAGGAAAGGCUGUGGUAAUUACAUCACAUUCUAUGGAGGAGUGUGAAGCGCUGUGCACAAGAAUAGCAAUUAUGGACAAGGGACAAAUUCGCUGUAUCGGCAGCAAGCAACAUCUCAAGAACAAAUUUGGUGAAGGACAUUCGCUGACGGUAAAAAUGAAGAGUCAAAGUGAUGCGCGACUUGCGGGCGAGUUUGUGCUGGCUCGUCUGAAGGGUGCAAAAAUCGAAUCUAUACAUUGUUCUACAUUGUUUCUACAUGUUGAUAGGGAAAUUUCCAGCAUUUCCGGCAUCUAUCGGGUUCUUAAUCAGUUAAAAAAUCAACUUUCUGUGGAAGAUUUUUCUUUGUCGCAGUCGACACUUGCUGAAGUUUUCCAUUCAUUGGCAUCAAACUCCACGUCCUCGGUCUCCUCAGGGCCUACUGCCUCAACUGCUGAAACGGACCUCACCGAUUGAACCUCUCUUAAACUUAAGCCUUUGAAUGCUUCUAGU